CAAACAACAAUCUGCACAGUCAAAUACUCGAUUUCAUUAUCAUUUCAUAUAUCGUGACGUUACCCGUUUCCGAUAGACACCUAUUUCCGAUAGGUUCCGAUAUUGCGCGUGUUUUUGUUUACUACAUGACGUCACAGGUAAACAACUUGCAAGCAAGUGCGUUCGACAUCGGCGAUUUUUUGUAGCUCAACAAUUUCGUGAAAAUGCUGCGAAUUAAGCUUAAAUCUCCGACUUCCCGCGGACCCACGCAUGCAAGGCGGCGUUUGUAUUCAUCGACAACUCUAACUAGGGCAUACAUGGCAGUUAAAGAGGAUAAUAUCCCCGUAUAUAGGGCUUCAAAGAUAUAUGGAGUGCCUCUUACCACGUUGCGCGAUCGCGUAGACAGUAGAGUGUCGGUUGAUAGCGUAAAAAAUGGACCCGCACCGCUGCUUAGCCUCAGUGAGGAACAGCUACUGGUCGAGCAUGUGAAAGGUCUAGCGCGUGUCGGGUACGGGUACACUCGGGCAGAAAUAUGCUACAAGGCGUCCGACUUCGCUGUUUACCUUGGAAAACGGGGAAGGGAAGAGAAACCACUCAGUCUCAAAUGGUUCUAUGGCUUCAUGGGCAGGUGGCCAGAACUCAAAGUUGUUAAGCCAUUCGGACUUCCUGAACAACGAGCAAGGUGUGCUUCUAAGGAAGUGAUCCUGAACUACUUUGAAGAACUGAAAACUAUCUUCGACAAGUACGAGUUGCACAACAAACCUCACCUUGUGUACAACAUCGACGAAAAGGGUAUAAAUACCGAAUAUAGACCACCAAAUAUUGUAGCUGGCUUCGAUGCACGUCCUCAAGUGGUGAUGGCCGAACGAUCGAAAACGGUGACAGUGAUCGGCGGAGGAAAUGCUCUUGGUUCCCAGAUACCGCCAUUCUUUGUAUUUCCCGGUCAACGGAUGCUACCGGAGCUUAUGGUCGGAAAGAGUGAAGGGACUGAAGGCAUGAUGACGCAAUCUGGUUGGUCAAACAGCGAAGUGUUUCUUCGCUAUAUGAAGACACACUUCUUGAAAUAUGCCAUGGGACGCAACCAAGAAGAUACCACAUUGGUGUUGUACGAUGGCCACAAGAGUCACAUCUCCAUUGAACUCAUUGAAUGGGCAAAAGAGAACAGAAUAAUGCUAUUCGUUCUACCACCUCACUGUUCCCAUAUUUUAAAGCCCAUGGAUGUCGGUUGUUUCGGCCCAUUCCAAAAGAAAUACAACCAGGAAUGUUUAACGUACUCCAGACUGCACACCAAUAAUGCCAUUGAUGCGGUGACUAGUCUUGGCGAUGCCAUAGCACCUUCAGAGCUGUAUGCAGCCACCUGUGAAAAGCUGGCUUCUGGUGCGGAUAACAUUAUCCAACAUGAGCCUGACAUAAACGACGGUGCAAAGUUCUUCAGUGACUUCCCCACUGAAGUUUCGAAGAAAGUGUCCAAACCCCGCCGAAAUAUCCACAAGCUUGUUGGUGGCAAAGCAAUGACGGAAGACAAAACGUUCAACGAUGUGCGUCAAUACAUUGCCGAGUCCGCCAACCGCCCAUCGACCGCUGGCAAGGCAACAACUACAGGCAGUCCAGUAGCAGGACCAUCACGUGCAAUACAGACCAGUGAUGAUGACUCCAUGUCCUUAGAUGAAGAUGUGACGGACGAUGAGAAAUGUUGCGUGUGCAAGAAGUACAACUGCACUUCAAAAGAUGGACAGUCUCUUGCAAUUUACACAUGGGCGCAAUGUGAUGUAUGCCAACACUGGACACACCUUAAAUACUGCACACCAGUCAGAGUAGUCCGGAGAAACACCUCUUUCAAAUGCCCAUGUUGUUAA